GCCAUGUUGGGGUUGAAUUACACCUUUCUGUCUGAGUUCAUCCUCAUUGGCUUCUCUACCUUCCCUCACCUUCAGUUGAUGUUCUUCCUUCUGUUCCUGCUCAUGUACCUCUUCACUCUGUCGGGAAACCUGAUCAUCAUGGUCACCAUCUGGAGUGAACAGAGUCUCCACACACCCAUGUACCUCUUCCUGUGUGCCCUCUCCAUCUCUGAGAUCCUCUACACCUUAGCCAUCAUCCCACACAUGCUGGUUGACCUGCUCUCCUCACUGCACUCCAUCGCCUUCCUGGCCUGUGCCAGCCAGAUGUUCUUCUCCUUCACAUUUGGUUUCACCCACUCUUUCCUACUCACCAUCAUGGGCUAUGACCACUAUGUGGCUAUCUGUCACCCACUGUGCUACAAUGUGCUCAUGAGCCCUCAAGGUUGUGCCUGCUUGGUCGCCUGGUCCUGGGUUGGUGGCUCAGUUGUGGGCACAAUGGUGACAACAGCCAUUUUCAACCUCACCUUCUGUGGACCCAAUGAGAUCCACCAUUUCUUCUGUCAUGUUCCACCUCUGUUGAAAUUGGCCUGUGGAGAGGAUGUACUGGUGGUGGCCAAGGGUGUGGGCUUGGUAUGCAUCACUGUCCUGCUGGGCUGCUUCCUCCUCAUCCUCCUCUCAUACGCCUUCAUUGUGGCUGCCAUCUUGAAGAUACCCUCAGCAGAGGGGCGGCACAAGGCCUUUUCCACGUGUGCAUCCCACCUGACAGUGGUGGUUGUGCACUAUGGCUUUGCCUCUGUCAUCUACCUCAAGCCCAAGGGCCCCAAGUCUUUGGAAGGAGACACCUUAAUGGGCAUCACCUACACAGUCCUCACACCCUUCCUCAGUCCCAUCAUCUUCAGCCUCAGGAACAAGGAGCUGAAGGUAACCAUGAAGAAGGCCUUCCUUAGGAAACUAUUUCUGCAAAACUCCUGA